AUUCCAAAAAACAAAAAUAAACAAAUCAGACUGGAGAAAGUGUGAAUUUAAACGACUUAAACUGCAUGUAAAAAUCGAAAACGAUGCGCAACUGGAUGCCGGUAUUGUUCUGUGGCCUGGCCAUACCCAUUUCCCUGUUCAUGUGGCUGGGCAACGUGGCCCUCUCGAAGAUCUGGAGCAGCGAUACCUACGAAGAGCCCCGGGUGAUACCGCCCAUGCGUUGGCUCUUUUCCACGCUGGCGCCCCUCACACUGAUGACGGUGGCGCUGCGUCGACGCUCGGUGAGCCAGUCUGGAGCGGCCUUGGGCAUUGUGGUGGCCUUCAUACUGUCCAUAGCCAGCCAUCCGUUCUUCGCCAGCCUGGUGGUGUUCUUCUUCAGCUCGUCGCGGGCCACCAAGUUCCGGGCGCACAUGAAACGCCGCUUCGAGCACGACUUCAAGGAGGGCGAGGGCCAGCGGAACUGGGUCCAGGUUCUGUGCAACGGAGGAAUGGCUGCCCAGCUGGCACUGCUCUACCUCAUCGACUGCGGCUGCGGCGAGCGGGCCAUUGACUUCUCCAAGGAGUACCGCUCCAGCUGGCUGGGCAUUGCCGUGAUGAGCGCCUUCGCCUGCUGCAACGGCGACACCUGGUCCAGCGAGCUGGGCAGCGUGCUCUCCCAGCGUGAUCCCAUCUCCAUCAUUAGCUGGCGACGCGUGCCGCGCGGCACCAACGGAGGCAUCUCGCUGAUCGGCGUCGUCGUCAGCCUGCUGGGCGGCUUCCUCGUGGGCUUUGGCUACUUUGUCACCGUCCGCUACACCGUGGAUGCCAAAAUGCUGCUAGUGAGUCCACCGCAGUGGCCAAUAAUCCUCUUUGGUGGCAUUGCCGGACUCUUUGGCUCGCUGCUGGACUCCUUCCUGGGCGGCGUGCUGCAGUUCUCGGGCAUCAAUGAGCAGGGCCAAAUUGUGGAUGCACCCGGCAAGGGUGUGCGUCAUGUGAGCGGCCUGCGCAUUCUGGACAACCACAGUGUCAAUCUCAUCUCCAGCAUCAUCACGGGCGUCACCAUACCCGUUCUCGCUCUCAAGUUCUGGCCAGUGCGAUGAGCACACACAUUCACUUGUAUAUCUAUUUUUGUAAAGCUUCCAAACCGCUUAGCGAUUAACACUAACAAGACUUGCACCGAUCGAAACGAUGGACUCGAAA